AAGAGAGAAUGGUGUGUGCAAGGCACUGCUGUGUGUGUGAGUGACAAAAAUCAAGAUUAAUCCAAACAGGAUUGAUUUAUUUCAUUUGUUUAGCCUUUUAAGAGGGAACUAGUAACUACUUCAGCCAGCCGAUCGCUGAUUAAUGUUAUUUGUUUUCACAAUAGUCUGUGUUUGGCGCAGAGAAAGUAAUGCGUCAUCAGUCAGCCUUCAUUUACAUUCAAGCGAGUCCCGUGCAAGUUAUUUGAAACUUAAAACAGACUUUGUUACUGUCAUUUAGUAGUUUACUUGCAAACUGUGAGUGAUUCAGAGGAGCGGCAGGACUCGACGCCCAAGUAGCGCUCUGAGCCACCGAGGGGUUCAGAGUUCCCCUGGCAACGAGGGAUCGCUGGGGAGGUCCAGACGCCUUGUCAGGGAUGAUCAGCACCCAUGAUUCGAGGAUCCUAAAUCGGGAGAACUCAUUGGAUUAAAGGUACCUCAGUUUACAUUUUGUUUGGCUCUUCGGAGUGAAGCGGCCAGUUGUCUGUUUAUUUUCGUGGCCACAAUGAUCACCAGCAAUGGUACAGGCCUGCAACGGGGAUGCAUCAAGUUGAUUCCAGUUAUUCUGAGCUCCAGCUGUUGCUGCUCCGAUGCAAGAAUAAAUCACUUUAUCCUCAUCUUGAACCUGAAUGAGCAGAUUGGUGGUGGCUCGUCGGGGGAGGCAAAAAUUUUGAGAUCUCAUCUCUGAUUCCUCUACGCGCAAAGAGGACGAUCACCUCCCUGGGUCUGUUGGCCUCUUUUUUUUCCCCACCCGAUGCACAACAUCUACAGCAUCAUACAUGUUGGAGGAGAAUUCAGGUACCACUGGAGUGGAUGACACUCACAAGUUCUGCAGUUCUGGUGAAAAUGUCCGUCUGCCCUGUAAUAAUGCUCUUUCUGACUGUACAUCAACUACAUGGAUCUAUAGCAGACGUUCAGAGACAGUUGAACUGAUUGCUGGAGGGGAAAAGAAGAAUGAUAUAGAGAGACAUGAGAGACUGAGUCUGGGCCCUGACUGCUCUCUGAACAUCAAGAAAAUCACAAAAGAAGAUUAUGGAUUUUACAUCUGCAAUCAAUAUGUGAAUGAACAACUACAAGGAACUGAUGCACGUUUUUAUCUGCAUUUUCUUCAUGUCUUUCCAUCAUCCACACAGUCAAAGAUCAGACCAGGCAGCUCUGUGACUCUCUUCUGUCAUUUGUAUAUUGAUGGAGUCUCUUGUGAUACUUUAGUCCGUGCUGAUGGAGUUCAGCUGAUCUGGGUGAAUCAGGCUGGUGCGAAUCUGCAGGCAGACUCCAGAUAUCAGAUAUCACCACCAGGACAGUGUAUCAGCACUCUGACUACAACACUCCUGGAUGAAGAUCACAACAGAGAGUGGAGAUGUCAGGUUACUCAGAGAAACGAAGUGAAGACCUCAGCUGCAUAUAUUGUCAGGUAUUCAGAUUCAGCUGACAGCACAUCAGAGCCUGUAGUCUUUAUGACUGCUGGACCAUUAUUCAGAGUGAUUGUGAUUAUUUUUGAGAUUGCAGUGUUUGCUGCUCCUACUGUGAUUCUCCUUCAGAUCAUCUGUUCAAGAAGAGCUGGAAGGAAGAACUCUCACCACCCAAAGGAAAUAGAGAUGUCUACAGUAUUACAAUGAAAUAACUUCUAUAAAUGUACUAUAUAUAUAAAGAUUACAGCACAAUUUAUUUGAAUGUUUAUGGAUAUUGCAUACAGCUUUUAAUGUCAUUUUCCAGUGCUCUAUAUUGUACCUACUGCUUUUAAAUAUUAUAUUAAAUACAGUAAUCAACAAAGCAAGACACGUACCUUAAUAAAUGUAUAAUUGUUUACACAAAAAUCAUA